UAAAGUCAGUGAUAAAGUGAAAUUCGUGCGCGUUGGUUGGCCUUACACUUCGUGUAAGCUUCCAAGCUCAGACUCCGGCUCUCGCGGAGCUCGCUCUCACUCCCUCCCACACACACACACACAAACACGCGCUCUCGCAGAAAACGUGUCGUGACUCGUCGUCGUGUCGUCCCGAUCGGCGUCUUCACAAAACCAAAACAACAACAGCAACAGCAACAAUUCAAGUGCGUGCGAAUUUCGAAUAAAACAUAAAAUUGCCUAAAAUUUAACAAUCUCUAGUACGCGGCGUCAAUUUCUGUAAUUUGUGUAAUAAAAAUAUCAAGUGUGAAGUGCUAAAAAUAAAUAAUAUUCAAUAAGUUGACCAAGCUGCGAACGCGAUGCGGCUAAUUGGAUUUAUUCUAAAUUUGGCUGCUUUAACAGCUGGCGUCCUGGCCAAUCACCAUGACAGCCUGACGCUGAGUCCAGCGGAGCACAGCGUUGUGCGCUACACAAACGAAUCGCUCAUUGUCCAAUGCAGAGGUCCCAGUCCCCAGGUGAAGCUGCAUUGGAAAUCGCCGAGAGGUGAAAUUAUAAGCGCGAACAAAGGACGCAUUCACAUCGAGCAAACUUCACCAGAACAAUUGCAAAUCGUUUUCGCCCACAUCGCACUUGCGGACAAGGGCAAUUGGAGCUGCGAGGCGGUCGAGGGGGGAAUGCAUAGUAAAUCGUACGAGUUGAUUGUGUAUCAGAAAAUUACGUUUACGGAAACGAAUUCGGUGACGACGGUGAAGGAGGGACAGAAUGCAACCAUAUUGUGCGAGGUGAAGGGGGAACCGCAACCGAAUGUCACCUGGCAUUUCAAUGGACAGCCCAUUAGUGCGGAGGCAAACGCUUCGAAAUUUCGCAUCCUGGCGGAUGCCUUGCUCAUCAAGAAGGUAACACAGUUUGACACCGGCGAAUACACGUGCCGAGCAUUCCAAGUGAAUUCGAUUGCUUCCGAUAUGCAGGAGCGCACAGUUUUGAUGAAAAUCGAACAUAAGCCACAAUGGAUUCACACGUUGCACACUGAACAACAAUAUGCUUACAUCAAUGGGACGGCGAUCAUCGAGUGCAAAGCAACCGCUGAGCCACCGCCAACGUUUAGUUGGUACCGCAAACAGAAGAGACUCGAGAGCAACGAGCACACGCAUCUGAUUGAGACUCAAGCGACAUUCUCCCGCAUCACAAUCCAUGUCCAUGAUGCCAAACAGUUUGACAACUAUCGCUGUCGUGUCCACAAUCAUCUGGGCACCAUUGAGCGAGUCACUCGACUGGAGCAGGGCGAGAAGCCGCCGCCGCCAACUGUGUUCCAGCUGCGGGGUUACAACUCGAAUACCUUCGAUGUCGAUGUGAGUGCGCAGCGUGAUAAGGAUAAGGUGGGGCCCAUGGAUGUGAAUGGCUUUCGCAUUCAGUACAUAACCGAGCCGGAGUUCAAAGCCGAUGCCAACAAAUGGACUAAUGCCAAGCACAAGGACUUUCCCUACGAAGAGGGUGCAAGUCUGCUGAUAACGAACCUCGAGCCGGAUACCGAAUACCUCAUACGCGCUGCUUCGCGUAAUCUCGCCGGCUUCAGCGACUACACAAAAGUUACUCAGAAGCGCACUUUGUCCUUGGAGCUGCGCGCAUCGGCUGGCGCUUUGUUGCCGUCUCUCUAUCAACUGUUAACGGCAACACUGUUGUUGCUGCUGCUGCGGCGCUGUCACUGAAGCGCCUCUGUUUCCCCCUUUGCUGUUUCCUUCUCCCUUAUAGUCCCACUUUCAGUCUAACUUCCAGUCAUACUUCCAGUUCCCCUUCCACUCUCACUUCCAGUCUCACUUCCAUUAACAUUUCCAAUCUCACUUUCAAUCUCACUUCCAGUCUCACUUCCAUUCUCACUUUUAAUCUCACUUCCAGUCACACUUUCGUUCUCACUUCCACUCCCAUUUCCAAUCUCACUUCAAAUCUCACUUCAAAUCUCACUUCCAAUCUUACUUUCAAUCUGACUUCCAUUCUCACUUCCAGUCACAUUUCCAAUUUCACUUCCAAUCACACUUCCAAUCUCACAUUUAAUCUCAGUUCCAGUCUCACUUCCAUUCAUAUUUCCAGUCUCAUUUCCAGCCUCACUUCCAUUCCCACUUCUAAUCUCUCUUUCAUAUUUAAUUCCACUUCCAAUUCCCCCUUCCAGUCUCCUAACCAGCUUCACUUCCAGUACCACUUCCACUUCCAAUUCCAUAUGCUUUGUCUAGCUUUAAGACUAUCUCUGAUUUGCCGACUUGUACUAAAUAUUGUUCUAAGUUCUUGAUACGAGUUUAAACACUCUCUUAAGUCUACGUCUAUAAGCAGUUCUCUAUUGAAUCGUUUCGUUUCGUUCGUUUAGCCAGCCCAAAAAUUAGUCAAAAUUGAAAACAAAAACUAACAAUUAAUCGCUUUAUUAAUAUAUUAAAGGCAUACAGGAUUGUUCCGAAUAACGCUUUCUGCUUAAAUUCUAUUAUACAGAAAUAGAAAUUGGAAUGCUAUUCCAAAAUGUAUUAUAAUAGACGUAUUUCAUAGAAACCUCAACGGAUUCAAGUAGAAAGUGGAAUUCGGAACACGUUUAUUGCUUAGCUUCUAGCUGAAAAUUUAUUGAAAGUUCAACUUAAAAGUUAUAUUUGCAAAAAUCCCAAAGAGCUGUGGCCCCCAAAAUAAUACUAGCUGCAGUUUUGUGCCUUGAGGCCAACAAAAAUAAGUUAAGUUAUUAAAAGGAUAAACUCGAAUUACUCCAAAACUCAUUCCAAUCUCUAACCGAAACAAGUAAAUAACCGAUAAGCAUUUAAAUGCCAUAUCUACCAAACGAAAAUCCACUUAAUAGUCUCUCUCUCUCUCUCUUCUAUACUAUACACAGAAUUAUUAUAAAGGAGCUUAGAAAUGAAAUUCGAUGUUGUUUUUUGUAUAAACAGUUUACAAACAUUUAAAACUAUACCAAAAUAAAUAAAUUGAACACAACAAACAGUCCAUUAGAAUGCAAAAAAGAAGAGGAAACACAAACAAAACAGACAAACUGAACAACAAUUGCGCAUUCCUUUAAUAAUAAAUUGAAUUUUAUAAAAUAUACAAAAUACAAAUACACAUACAUACAUACUAUAUGAUAAAUAUAUAUUUCAAAAGAUAUAUUUCACGUAACCAAGUUGCCAAUGAUUAAAUGUUUUGUGGUUUCUGUGUGCCAAUUGUGCAAAAUUAAAACUAAACAAAAUAAACUCGAAUAAAUACUGAAAA